CAGCGUCGCCGUGGUCACCGGUUCUAAAGUCCACGCAGACCGCGGACUCAGAGUCGCCCGGACCUAAGAUGGGGGCGAUGGCUCCGCGCACGCUGCUCCUGCUGCUGGCGGCCGCUCUGGCCCCGACCCUGACCCGCGCGGGCUCGCACUCGCUGCUGUAUUUCGACACCGCCGUGUCCCGGCCCGGCCUCGGGGAGCCCCGGUUCAUCUCCGUCGGCUACGUGGACGACACGCAGUUCGUGCGCUUCGACAGCGACGCGGAGACUCCGAGGAUGGAGCCGCGAGCGCCGUGGAUGGAGCAGAAGGGGCCGAAGUAUUGGGAGGGGCAGACGCAGAUCGCCAAGAACAACGAGCAGAUUUACCGAGUGAACCUGAGGAACCUGCUCCGCCUCUACAACCAGAGCGAGGGCGGCUCUCACACCAUCCAAUGGAUGUACGGCUGUGAGGUGGGGUCGGACGGGCGCCUCCUCCGCGGGUACAGUCAGGAAGGCUACGAUGGCCGCGACUUCAUCGCCCUGAACGAGGACCUGACGACGUGGGCGGCGGCGGACAAGGCAGCGCAGGUCUCCCGGCGGAAGUGGGAGCAGGAUGGGGAGGCAGAGAGAUGGAAGGCCUACGUGGAGGGCCGGUGCGUGCAGUCUCUGCGCAGAUACCUGGAGAACGGGAAGGAUGCGCUGCUGCGCAUAGACCCCCCAAAGGCACAUGUGACCCAUCAUCCUGGACCUAAAGGUGACGUCACCCUGAGGUGCUGGGCCCUGGGCUUCUAUCCUGCCUUCAUCACCAUGACCUGGCAGAGGGAGGAGGAGGAACAGACUCAGGACAUGGAGCUGGUGGAGACCAGACCUUCUGGGGAUGGAACCUUCCAGAAGUGGGCAUCUCUGGUGGUGCCUUCUGGGGAAGAGCACAAAUACACAUGCCAUGUGCACCAUGAGGGGCUGCCUGAGCCCCUGACCCUGAGAUGGGGUAAGGAGGGAGUGGGUGCAGAGCUGGGGUCAGGGAAAGCUGGAGCCUUCUGCGGACCCUGA